AUGGAAUUUGAGAAGUAAAUUUAUCAAACACAUUCCUUAUUUUUAUCAUUACGUUUAAUCAAACUUUUUGUAAAAUGCGGUUCAUUCAUAUUCCCGACAUUAAGUAUUUUAGGAUUUUGUGCUUUAUUAUUACUACACUUUAACCAUUUUAUGACUGAGUCUAAAUUAGAGAUUGACCUAAGUAUUAUAAGUGAUUGAUGUUAGAAAAUUUUGAUAGUGAAACUGUGUACAUAUUUUCGAUUAAAAAUUCUGAUGAUGAAAAUCUCAAUUAGUUCAAAUAUGCUUAAUCAUAGAGUCUAUUUCAAUUGUAAGAUGAGUUUUUAGAUCAUUACAAUUUUUCAAAAAAAAAUAUAUUGAUAGAUGGAGAUUCUUAUUCAAGUGGAUUGAAUUCUAUUUUAAAAUAUGCAACAAAUAUUGAGAAUUUUUUCUUGAUUGACCUCAUCUAUCAUAUGAACUAAUCUACUAUUUAGAUUGUUAAUAUGUAAACUAAUAUUACAUAUAUUUGGGAAUAAGCUUAUUUUGAAGGUUUAUUUUUAAAUUAUAAUAAGAGUAUUAUGCAGAAGCAUUUUUAAUUAGGAUAUAUAAUACAGUUUUUAGAAUAUGUAAAUGCAUUAUUGGAUUAUUUUAUUAAUGUAUAACAGCCUCUAUUUAUUUUAGAAUGCUAUUUAUUUCUAUGCCUGUUUUUAUAUUCAUAAUAGGUAAUGUUUUGAAAAAUAAUAAUUUUAGCAGGUUUAAUAUUUUGUAGAAAUCAUUAAGAAUUAGAAUUAUUAGCUAGACAUUAUCCUUGGAUUAAUCAUUAUUUUAAUAUAUUGACAAGAAAUAAUAAAUUGACAAAUCCCAUUAUAGACUCAUUUUUGUACACUUUGUAUAUGUUUUUUUUGAUAUUGGAAUUGUCUUAUGCUGAAGUAAAUUCACUAUUAUUUAAAAAGCAUCACCCUUUUUAUUUAAUUAACAAUAUAACCUAGUAUUUUAAUAAAAUAUUUUAGAUAUGCAUUUUCUUUUGAAUAUCUAAGCUUCUACUUUCUUAGAACAAGAUCUUCUUUAUAUUUUGUACCAAAAUAUUGCUUUAUAAUCAGAUUUUUUCUUUAUUAUUAUAUGUAAUCUACUUUGUAUGGACACUAUGAAUUGGUUUAUCAAAUUACUUUAUUUGGUUAAUUAGGAGUUUUUUGUUAUUUUAUUCAUAAAUUUGAAAUACCAGCUUUAAGUUGGUCUGAUCAUUCACCUUACACACCAACAAUUAAUAGACCAAGAGCCUAUUACUUACCUUUGUUUCUUAUAAAUUGGGUUAAUGAUGUACCUUCAUUAUGGACUAUGUUUUAUCCACUUCAUGGAAGGAGGUAAUUAUAAAAAAAAAAUUUUUAGAUACUUUUAAAUAUAAAGUUUAGCUUUGGUAGAUCAGAAUUUCCCUUUAUUGAACCAUAUUUUGUAAUAAGAGAUUUAAUAAGACUUAGAAAUUCAAUAGGAUUAAGAAAUUCAAAUCAAUUUAAAUCAAUAAUUUUAGCCUCCAGGAAACAAUCCUUAAAAUUAAAUUAUUGAAUUAUAAUAAUAGUAAUAAUAAUAAUAGUAAUAAGAAUAAUAAUCAUAAUAAUAAUAAUCAUAAUAAUAAUAAUAAUAAUAAUAAUAAUAAUAAUAAUAAUAAUUACUAAAUUAAAUUCAAUAAGUUUAAAAUGUACAUUAGAUGUAAGAAACUCAAUAAUUGAAUUAGGAAUAAUAUUUUAUAAAUGAUAUUGAAUGA